AUGGCCUAUGACCAUCUCCAUGCGCGGGACAGUAACCGAGGAGGUGGUAAAGCCACUCGCGAGCGAUCCAAAACGCGCAAGUCUGGUGACAGAAGGCUGAACACGGCGUCGCCAGCGGAUUGUGAGGCAGAGGAUGUUUCGCCAACUAAGAAGAGGAUAAAGGAGAAGGCAGGUGUAGCAGCCUCCUCCUCCUCGUCCCCUGACUUGGAUGACGGAGCAACUGCCGCCGUCGCGAAAAGUACCGCGUCACUCGCCGCCGACAUAGCCGCCGGCACAAAUGCCGAGGGAGUAUUCGGGAAGCCGGCCACUGACGCCGCUGCCGCCGCCGCGAAACCGGCUACUAUAGCUGGCGCCGCCGACGCGAAACUGGCUGUCGACGCCGCCGUCGCGAAGCCCACUACUGAGGCUGUGUUCAAGAAGCCGCUGGCAGUGACCACCGUCGCGAGGUCAUAUGCCACAGUCGCAGAGAGGGCGCUGCCCACUGCCGGAGCCGUUCUGCCGCCAUGCGCUGCUGCGAGCGCUGCUCAGCACGCCGUCGCGAAAAGUACCGCGUCACUCGCCGCCGACAUAGCCGCCGGCACAAAUGCCGAGGGAGUAUUCGGGAAGCCGGCCACUGACGCCGCUGCCGCCGCCGCGAAACCGGCUACUAUAGCUGGCGCCGCCGACGCGAAACUGGCUGUCGACGCCGCCGUCGCGAAGCCCACUACUGAGGCUGUGUUCAAGAAGCCGCUGGCAGUGACCACCGUCGCGAGGUCAUAUGCCACAGUCGCAGAGAGGGCGCUGCCCACUGCCGGAGCCGUUCUGCCGCCAUGCGCUGCUGCGAGCGCUGCUCAGCAGUGA